GGGCUUUCCUUCCUCUCCUCUGUACGCCCAUGCACAAACACUAAGGUGCUGCGGGCAACAAGAAGAGAACUCUCUCUUUCUCUCUCUGUAGCAUGUGGAUUUCUAUUAUAGGACACCUUUAAACUGCAUGAAGGCUACAUAUAUUGCAACACAAUGGGGAAAGUGAACGCCUGUCUGAAGCGGAGUUACAUUAUCGUGAUAAGUUUGAUCGCGAUCAUCAGUGCCCUGCUGUUGGCAGCCACUCUGUUCAGCCACGGAUACUUCCACGAAGAUGAAGAGAUAGAGAAGAUGCUCGCAGGCCUUCAUGCCAUGUAUAUUAUCUCCAUCAUAACUCUGGUCUUGACCAUCGUUGGUGUGUAUGGUGCCUGCAAAGGGAAGAAGUGGGCGCUUAUAAUGUUUGUAGUUGGAAUGAUCCUGAGCAGUCUGUUCAUGAUUGCAUGUGAAAUUCAAGGACUGGCUGUGCGACCAAAGGAGGCUGAAGAACUGAAGAGGCAAUACCUAAAUAUGCUGCCGCUGAAUAAUGCUAGUGAGAUUCUUAUAGACAGCAUCAAGGAUGCUCAGAUGGAUUUGCAGUGUUGUGGACUGGAUGAGGGCUACCUGGAUUGGGGCUACAACAUCCCAGAGUCCUGCCUGUGCAUUGAAGAGUCUACGAAUCCAUGUGUGGCAGCUCCUAGAGACAGCAGUCUGUUUGCGCACACGACCGACUACCAGCCCGUCAUGAUUUAUAAAGAGCCAUGCCUUACAUACUUGGUUGAGCAUGAGAUGAUGGCCAUAAAUGCUGCAUUGGGCGCAAUGCUGGGAAUCACAUUAUUCUGGAUAUUGUCGGUGGUGAUGUGUGUCGUCAUCUUGUGUCAGCUGAGUCAGAAGGAGGAUACCCCCGUAGUGGUCUACAGUCCAGAGGCAAAGGCAGGAAACUACACCCAUCUGGCAGAUGCUGCAGACUACACCUGAUUGGUGCAAGGACACAUAGUGUUUUUAGGAUGUUUGAAUAUAUCAGAAGUCGCCUCCAACAGGUGAAGUUGCAUGAACAACUUGUACAUUGUUUUUUUUAUUUCUUAAAUGUAUUUGUUUGGGUAGUAUGUACUGUAUUUGUUUGUUUUUGCCCUUUAAACCAUGAAACGUUUUUCAUUUCACAUACUGUGAAAAGAAUAUUUUCUUUGUGAUAUACACACAUAUUAAGUCUGAGACCUACUAUACACCAUUCUGCUACAUAAAAGAGGAUAUACAGACAUUCUGUAGCAUUAAUUGUAUAUCCAGUGCAUCUCCUUCCACUGUCUUCAACGGGCAUCAUGGUUCAAAUAAGAAGUGAAGUGUGUUGAAUGAAUGCAUUGAAAGUGGUGUUUUUUUAUCCCAGAUUAGAAUAGUAAUUUAGCACAUUUAAUCUGAGAUGUAAGGCCGUGCAAGCAGCAAAAUGAGGCAUAUUGUAAAAUAUGGAAAUAGAGUAAAUAAUGAGAUGGUGAAAGAAAAUGUGGUUUAAAAAAAGCACUGAUGAAGAUAUGACUGCAAAAAUAUUUACAUUAUGGAGCUUUAAGAAGUGUAAUAAGUAGCUUUCUGUUAUCUUCUGUAUCAUAUUUUGCCAAACUUUGUGUAAACUUUAUUUCAUUUUUAUACGUUUUCUAUUUUUAAAUUACAUUUUGAUUUAAGAAGCUACUGGAGCACUUACACAGUUGUAUAGUACCGUUUUAUAUAAUAGGAAGUCAUUGGUACAUAUUGGUAUUGCAUGACAGAGUAUUUCCAGGAUCAGAUGCUUCGGUUCAUGGCAGGAGGAGACGGGAAUAUAGAUGAAGGUGCAACUAAUAAACUGUGUUUUACAUGUUUUGAGUGCCAAAGAAGCAAAUCCAAAAUCCGAUAGCAGAGCUGUGUCUCAGCCUCCUGUCACUGCCUUAUUCCCUGCAUUAAAAAAGGAGAAUGUACAGGAAAGUUCAGGGUGCUUAUCCUUGUAAGAUGUCAACUGUGUGACCUUAUACUGGCUAACGGCUGCAAAAUAGAUUUUUGUCUGUUUGUUUCCUGGUUUGCAUUUGUGGAAACGUGUGACUUGAAGUACACCACACAAGUAAACACUUUUUUUGUAAAACAUAAUUUUUUAUGCUAAAUACUGUAUAUUGUCAUUAAAAGGACGCGUUGAGUGAUCCAA